AUGAAUAGUUCUUGGAUGUACCGUUGGUACGAUACCGUUGGCCCGAAGAUGGAAGGCAGCCCAAGUGAAGUAGGUCCCGCACACGCCGUGAGUGAGGCAGCGAGCGCAGAGGCGCACCCCGAUGAUCACUUUUCAGAUGAUGAACAAGAAACGGAGCUCGACGCUCUGCAGCAUCUUCCCCCGGAGGAGCGGCGCAAGGCGCUCCGGCGCCUCCGCAACCGUGAAUCCGCACGUCGUGUACGCGCUCGGCGACUUGCAGAGAUGUCGCAGAUGGGUACAACCCUUCAGAGUUUGCAAGAUGAAAACUCAACAUUAAAAGCGCAUGUUAACAAGUUGCAAUCGCACAUCCAGUCCAUGACGCUCAAGGUGUACGAGGUUACCUCGAAGUACGAAGCGGCUGUCGCGGAGGCUGCGCAGCUGCGCGCCGAGCUGAAUCGCUAUCGUCGGCCCUCCGUGCCCGGGGACAGCAGCUUCCUUAUGGGCGCUACAGCCGCCACAGCGGCCCAGACUGCCAACGGGCCCAACUCAGCGCCGCUCAACCAGCUAUCGCCCUUCAUCAGCCCCAUGGAGAUUGGGGGAGGCGGGCUUGGCGCCCAGUCAUGCCUUUCGCCCAGCCAUGUACAGCUUCGCAGCAGUAGCCCCAUGGAAAUGCAGCGGCAGCGGCAGGCGAUUGAGGAGGUGGUAAUGUUGUUGAAAGAGCACAAGCGGCGGCACCAUCCAGGGCAGGACCGCUCUGGCAACUCGGAAAUCGGCUCUAACGGCGCUGGGGCUGCUGGAAGCGGCGGCGCAUGUAACGUCACUAAUCACCAAAGCCCUGGCUCCGACACGGCAAUGCCCGGCGGAAGCGGCACCGGGGGCCCCCUGGGCGACCUCGCUGCCGGUGUUUUAGCGACCAACAACAGCACUACUGCCAACAACAACAACGGCUUGAUGUUCAACGUCGGCAGCAUGUCUCGGUUCAUGGGGGCGGCUGGGACUGGCGCCGUGGGUGCCUCGGGCCUGGGAAGCGGCAGCGGUGGCCGCAGUAGCCAGUCGGAGGUACUCACGGGCUCAGUCCAGCACUCGCAGCUCAUGGCACAGGUCCAGGCACGUAUGGCGGCGACGGCUGCCGCAGCCGCCGAAUCGGCCGCCUCGGCCUUGCCGUGCACUGGCAACGGCGGCGGAUUGCAAAUGACCGGACACGGCUCCGGAGCCAAUGCACUCGGCAGCGGCAUGUCCGGGGUCGGCCCGGUGGCCGCAGCGCCUGGUUUCGGAGGCCAGCAUCAGCAGCACCAUCACCGCAGCGCAUCGUGGGCUCUGGACAGGGGAACAGCCCCGUGCGUAACCAGCGCUCAAAACGUGGUGCCCAUGCAUCCUACAUGGCAGAUGAAUGCCGGCGCCGGGGCCGGCACUGUCGAUGGGGGGCUAAUGAUGCGACCUGAAGACUUUGCGGAGGAUCUCAUGUUCCUGGACGAUUACGUUCCACAGGACUUGUGA